AUGCCACAUCUCAUCUCUCGAACACCCAGGAUGGCUGAAAGUGGGCGUCCUUCAGGUUUGCCUGCAGACAAAAACAUCUCUUCAAGUGUCACUCGAGUGAUAGUGAAGACACCAGGCAAGCAGGAAGACUUUAUGAUAGCUGAUGACACCUUGGUGAGGCAGUUCAAAGAGGAGCUAUCUGCUCAAUUUAAAUGUCAAGUGGACCAACUUGUGCUGGUCUUCAUGGGCCGCCUUCUCCAAGACCAUGACACACUGAGCCAGAGGGGCAUCAUGGAUGGUCACACCAUCCACUUGGUCAUCAAGUCAAAACAUGGCUCCAGAUCCCUAGCCCAAUCCUUCCCCAACCUGCCGACCAAUGAGCCCUGCCAUCAGGACAGAAACACCAUAGGAAACAGCAGUGGGGUAUUCCAGCCUGCUAGGGUGAGUCCCACCCCAUUGGAAUCAGCCCUCUUUGUGGAGCCUGAUGCACUCAAGGUGCAUAUGCAGGACCUGGAAGUUGGUAGUCCAGAGUGCAUAGCACAGAUGCUGGAGAAUCCUACCAUCCAGCAGCUUCUGUCCAACACGGACCUCAUGAGACAGUUCUUCUCAGAACACCCAGAUAUGCAACAAUUGAUGCAGCAGAACCCAGAGGUCUCACACAUCUUUGACAAUUCUGAGAUCCUAUGGCAGACCGUGGAGCUGGCCAGGAACCUUGCCGUGAUUCAAGAAAUAAUGCAGAUCCAGCAACCUGCACAGAAUCUUGAGAAUCCACUGAACUCAGAGUCACACCUGGGCUUAGAGACAAUCCCAGGUGGGGACAAUGUCCAGACAUUACCAAUGGGUCAGAGCUAUGCUGAUUUCAAUGACCAAAUGGUCAACAGCUCACAAGAUCCCUUUGGGGGCAACCUUCUCUCAGCCCUCCUGGAAGGACAGGUACCUGAACAAAUCCAGUCCUCAUCCCCAUCUCCACCACCACCCCAGGAAUGGCAGGACCAGCUCCCACAGCUUCCUACAACUCAAGUCAUCUAUACUAGUUCCUGUGGUUUAUCCCCCAUCACUUCAGCCAGUGCUACCUCCAACAAGGUGAACCACACUUCCAGGACCAAAACUGACACCAUGGCCCAGAGUCAUACCUGUUCCAUUCAGCAGUCUGCUGGGGUACCAGCCUUACCUAGCAUAGAGCUGACCCAACAGCCCCAGGCAGAAGAUAAAGAUGCCACCAACUCUCUGGAUAGCUCUGGCCAGAGAUUAGAAGAUGAUUUCCAGCUGUCAGAUGAGCAGACCAGCUCCCAGAUCACAGGAACCAUGAUGCAGUUGCUUUUGAACAACCCCUACCUGGCAGCCCAGAUGAUGAUGUUCAUGAGUAUACCCCAGGUGAAUGAACAGUUGAGGCAGCAGCUGCCCACAUUUCUACAGCAGACCCAGCUUUCCAACAUGCUUAGAACUCUAGCCAACCCUAAAUCAUCACAAGCAAUAUUGCAGAUUGAGCAGGGUCUGCAGCUGUUAGCCACAGAGGCUCCUGCUCUUCUACCCUGGGUUGCACCAUAUCUAUGGGGCCUGGGUUGGCUUCCUGCACCCAGUUGCAGUUACUCUGACACGCCCUGGGCCUGGGAUGUACCAGGCAUGGCUGAGGACAAAGGUCCUGAGUGCUGCCACAAAUCUGAAGCAGUUCUGCUGAGGCUACCGUCUCUAGCUGGAGACUCUUCCCACCUUCUACAGGUCCCCAAGAUUUUCAGCAAGCAAAUGGACUCUCUCGAGGCCGUUGGAAUUGGGAACCACCACGCCAACUUGUAGGUACUUGUUGCCACAGAGAUGGACACCAGCACUGCUAUCCACAAGCUCAAGAGAUCCUAG